CGGAACGACAAGCGAAUGGACUUUGUUCGGCUGUGUUCAAGACAGGUUGGCUUUCUUGUUCGUAUUUGAAAUGUUUGAAAGGGAAAAUAUCAUGGAAAUGAAAGGAGAUCCGACCAACAUCUAUCUUUUUAACUGCGAUAAUACUUGUAGUUUGGAUCCAAUAGAAUCCUUGUUACUAACCGUGCAAAAAGACGUGAAGAUGCAGUUUGUUAUAGGCAAGCGCAAUUUUCAGCUGCACGACAUGACAGAGAUGUGCGAGACAAUUAUUCCCGAUCUGCAGAUGGAUUAUGCCGUUUUUGCUGUCCAUGCCCACGAAUCACGGCUCUCAAUCAACGAAGACAACGCUGGAAUUGGUUACGCAAAGAUCUACAGAGCGUUACUGAAAGCGACUGGAGGCAAGGUUUUGAUAGUCAUUAGUGGAGACAACAACUACAAAGAUUCAGACGAGGAAGACAGAUCUGUGAUCUCGCGCUGGGCACGGAGAAAAGUGGCUUCGCAGUUCGGGGAGGAAUAUCUUGACGGAAGACAGAGCUUUGUCUUUUCCUGGGACAUGAAAUACAGGAAAAUCCACGCGCAAGCAUUGCUGCAUCACUUUGAUCCAAGCAAAACAGGAGAGAAGUUCGCAUACCAGCCACAACCAAAGCCACAACCAAAGCCACAACCAAAGCCACAGGUAAAGCCACAACCAAAGCUAAACCCAGAACCACCAUCAGGAAUGGAGGGUGAUAUUUAUGAUUACAAAGAACCUCCUCCAGGAACCCGCAGAAGGCAUACUGGUCAGAAAGAAGGAAAAAAUGUUUUUAAUCUAAUCUUAGGGCCAGACUCCCGACCGGACUUUCUCGAAGGUACCGUUCUGCUGGAAACAGUCAUGCGUUUUGGACGAAUCUCUUAUGAGGAAGAAUAUGUGAAGGUCUGGGAUCACAGCUGGCAGCCGUCGGAAGCAACUGUUCGUUGCUUAUCGAACGAUUGGAAAUUUAGACCUUUUGCGAAUAUUACAUUUGUCGCUCAAGCUAACGGAGGGAUCUCUUACUGUGUGCAACCACAGAGUAUUUGUGUUUGGUUGCGUGCUAUCCUAUUGACGAGUAUCCUGGGCUUCUUGAAGUUAGGCUGGAAUUACCUUGUUUGUAUUUCGUAUUUCAUACUGUCGAUUUUAAAUUUUUUUUUUGACUGGCUUUCAAAAAAAAUCAAUCCUAAUCCUAACAAACAUUCUUCGUAAUACAUAAUAUCGGCCCCAGCGAACAAAUUCCACAACACUGAAGCUCUUCAUUACGUUCAUUCUAGAGCUGUUUUAGAUGAAACAAACUCCUGCCGGUUUUCAGUUACAUAAAUACCAACGCUUCAUUUACCAAAGGUGGCCCUUAUUAAAGAAGAAACUACUGCAAUAGCUUACCAAGAGCAACAAUUUCAAAAAGAAAAACAAAUUUAGUCUCUAGAAAGAGUAAAAUACUGUUUCAAUUUCAUCCCUCUCAAAAGAAAAUUAAUGUUAGUUCCCUGGCAAUAGCUUAAACUUUUUUUCUAUCAGUUUAAAACAAAGAGCAUGAGAUCGAAAAAUCUCAUAUUCAAAGAUCUUCAAAGCCGUGCUUCUCAGCUUGGCUCCGACACUUUGAAAUGUGAGUCUAAGAGUCACGGAAAUGUGACAAACAGGUCACAUCUCCUACAAGUGGUGACCUGUUUGCCACCAGAAUGCAUGACGUAAGUUAAGUUGUGUAUGGCCUUGUAUUGAAUCCUUUUUCGUAGUUCACAAUUCUAUGCGUAAAAUAAUGUUAGAAGUGGUAUGAUUUAUCAACUAUUAAAUUUUUUCAAAAGAAUAACUCAUUUAAGCCUGAGAUGACCAUAACACCUUUAUUUUGCUUUAAAGAUUAAAAAAACACAGGUUUAUUAAUAUUUAA